ACUAAGUAACAAAAUCAAUGAAGCGGUAACACAAGAAAAGACAAAAAAAGAAAAGAAAAAGAAGAGUGAAUGCUUGAAAUAAAUAAAAAGAAAAACAGAAGAAAGGGGAGAAUGAGAGAUCGAUGAUUCCGACAAGCCAAUUAGAUGCAUGAGGUUGGUUUUCCGGUGGAUCUUUCUGUCUUCACUCGCAUCAUUGCCACUCUAUUUUUCCUCGCCGUUGGUGUUUUUUACUUUCUCAGAAACACCGCUGCUAGGUACUUCGACAUCGGAGCCGCCGCCGCAGGAGGUUUCGACAGGGAAUUCAUACCGGUGGUCACUGAGACAUUUUCUACCGAGAAGUGCUCCCGCUGCAAAUCCGUUCGAUACUGCUCAGCAGAGUGCCAAAGGUCAGAUUGGAGUUCCGGUCAUCAAAGAAAGUGCAAGGAUGUUGAGAUUAGUACCGUAACCUCUUCUGCAAAGAAUGGCUUCAGGUUCAGAACUUCUCCGUUUGGGAAUGGAUCUGCUUCUGAGAUUGCAUUGGUUCCUGUUCAGGGCCGAAACAAGAGUAUCCUCAAGCCUAGAGAAGUUCUUUUCCCAUAUGAAGAAUUCGUUAGAUAUUUUAACUGGGACAAUCCAGAAUUGGCUCCCUGUGGUCUCAUGAAUUGUGGAAACAGUUGUUUUGCCAAUGUUAUACUACAAUGCCUUUCCUGGACACGUCCUCUUGUUGCAUAUCUGCUUGAGAAAGGCCACAAGAGCGAAUGUAUGCGCAACGAUUGGUGCUUCUUCUGUGAAUUUCAAACCCAUGUUGAGAGAGCGAGUCAAAGUCGGUUCCCUUUUUCACCAAUGAACAUUAUUUCACGGUUAACUAAUAUUGGUGGAACUCUUGGGUAUGGAAGACAAGAGGAUGCUCAUGAGUUCAUGAGGUAUGCGAUUGAUAUGAUGCAGUCUGUUUGCCUUGACGAAUUCGGUGGAGAAAAAAUAGUGCCUCCUCGUUCUCAAGAAACAACACUUAUUCAGUACAUAUUUGGAGGUCUCCUCCAAUCAGAGGUUCAGUGUACUGUUUGCAAUCAUGUUUCUGACCAAUAUGAAAAUAUGAUGGAUCUAAUCGUUGAGAUGCAUGGGGGUGCGGUGUCUUUGGAGGAAUGUCUUGAUCAAUUUUCAGCCGAAGAGUGGCUUCAAGGAGAUAAUGUGUACAAAUGUGAUAGGUGUAGUGACUAUGUAAAGGCAUGUAAGCGUCUUACAAUUCGGCUAGCUCCAAAUAUUCUUACCAUUGCCUUAAAAAGAUAUCAGGGAGGAAGAUACGGAAAACUGAACAAAAGAAUAAGUUUUCCCGAGACAUUGGAUCUUAAUCCUUACAUGAGUGAAGGUGGAGAAGGAUCAGAUGUUUAUAAACUCUAUGCAGUGAUUGUUCAUUUAGAUAUGCUGAAUGCAUCAUUCUUCGGCCAUUACAUAUGCUACAUUAAGGACUUUUGCGGAAACUGGUAUAGAAUAGAUGAUUCUGAGAUAGAAAGUGUUGAAUUAGAAGACGUCCUUUCUCAAAGAGCUUAUAUGCUCCUCUACAGCAGGAUUCUAGCUCGGUCGUCAUCAUCAUGUCUCAGAUCAAAAGUUCAAGAGGAGAAGAAUACAGACAUAUUGGACACAGAAUCUUGCCUAGAAGAGUUAAUUGAGAGUUCGAUGGUAGGAGCUAUUGAAAACAGAAGCAGCAUCUAUGCAACCAUUGAAGACCCUGAGUGCGAACAAGAAUCACCGUCAUCAUCACUAUCAUCAUCAGCAUCGUCACCAUCACCAUCAACAUCACCGUCACCAUUAUCAUCAUCAUCACCAUCAAUAGUGAUCUCUGAAUGUUGUAGCCUACAACUUGAUACAUUGGAUUCCGAGUCAAACCCUUCAACUGAUGAUAACUCUGCAACAGAUCAUCGAGAGGAUGCAGCAAAUGGGAACAAAGAUCCAGAGGUAAAAUAUCAGGCUGUCGAUUCUUGUUCAGACCAUACAACUUCAACUCCAUUAGUCUGUACAAAAUCCAAGCCUCCGGUGAGAGAUAUGGAUACCGAGAUGGUGGACGCUCAAUGAUGUAGAAUGUUACGACAAUUGAAAAUCAACAGAGCUUGUAGCUUACAAUAGUGAUGCAGAUACUAUUACACAAUGACUUAUAUAUGGUUUUAAAGGGUGACUAUACAUAGAAUUUAAAUGUUCUUACUGGUGAA